AUGUCGUCAUCUAUGUUUGUUGACUUUGUAAUGGAUGGCGGCAUGAAGAGUAACUGUGAGAAAGUUGAUAGCAUGAUUUUACAUCUAAGUGAACCUACUUUACCUUUUCCUUCCAAGUUUCUUUGCACAGAAUGUUUACAAAAAAUAGCUAAGACGGGGUCGCUGUGUUGUGUGGCUGCAAGGCCACAUGGGUCAAAUACAGCCAGUAGGGACUGGUCCAUGGGUCCUCAUGAGCCUUAUUGGCGAACUAAUACAAGCUUCUCGCCACCACCUUCAAGAUGGGAUUUCCAUUUCCAACCCGAUGGACUGUCACAUGGUUCACAUGAUGGGAUUCAAACGUAUGGGUCUUCUGUAUCUUCAAACAGCAAAGAAAGUAGCAGCUGGGUGAGGGGAAACCUUCUUUACAAUCAUCAAUAUUCAACAUCUGAUGGUGCUGGGCCCUUUUUAAGUAGUCCAUCUGACCUUUCUCAGGGUCCGCAGUGGACACCUCCAGCAAUACAAGAAAUCACUCUUGAUGAUUAUGAAACUACAACAAGAAGAGAUCAAGUUGCUGGGAAGUUGCCCUUUGCUUCUAUUGUUGAGGGCACCCCAAAAAAUGCAGAUAGUGGGGUCUCCUCUUCAUCCCAUUCAGACUGUAGCGAGUCUGAGCCCAUGUUCAUGUCAUGCUUGUCAUCUCAUCGCAACUUUUCAAGUCGGCGUUACUUUAUGUCCAAACCUAUUCAUCCCUUGUCCUUUCCCAUGGUGACUCCUACUACAGAAGCCUCUGACUCUGGAGGUACUGGGUUUUCAGACAAUGCUGGCACAUCACAAAGAGAUGCCCAUGGCAGGAGCAGUUCAAGCAGCAGCAAUGAUUUUGCUGAUGUUUCCGAGCCAUUUGAGCCUGAUUCUUUUGGUCGAUUAUGUGUCCCAUCUGAUGGUUUCAAAUGUGGAUUGUGUGAGAGAUUUCUCUCACAGAGGUCACCUUGGAGUUCUCAUAGGAUUGUAAGAAAUGGUGAUAGGCCUGUUGCUGGGGUUCUUUCAUGUCAACAUGUUUUUCAUGCAGAAUGUUUGGAGCAGACAACACCAAAGACUCGUAAAAACGACCCUCCUUGUCCUAUAUGUGUCAAACUGGAAGAGCAAAAUUCUCCAGAUAACCGAGUCUUCUCUAGGUUUAGGAAUGGGUUUGCAAGGCUUAGGCCAUUUUCUGAGGAUUGUCCAUCUAGGCCUUGGGGCUGUGCACAGGCUGGAGACUGUGUUGAAGGGGCUUUACAUGCACCCUCACGUAGUACCACGUUACUGGUGAACAGGAGUCGCAUGAAGAAAAAUCUCUUCAUGAAGAGUAAUUCGAGUAAAGAAUUUCCUGGCAAGCUGAGGCAAAGUGGUUCAUCUUCUUCGCUACUUUUUGGUGGGAAGUCAAUCGAUCAGGGUGCAAUUGGGUGCUCAAAGACAAUUGCCGGUCCAAGUGUGAAGUGGUGACAUCAGUUUCAAGUUGGCCAGAACUGUGCAAUUUAUCAAGGUUGGGUAGUUGCUGAAUGACAUUGAUUGUUUGGAAACUAGGAGAUGCUGUAUAGAUAUGGUUUUGUGGAAACAACAUAUGUUUGAAAUCGAAGUUGAAAUUUGUCAAUUUCGUAUGUCUCAUACAAUUUGUUUAUGAUGGUAGAAGUGUUACAUGUUGAAACUCAAGUCUCUUCCUUCAAUGUUAUGUGGAUCUAAGUGAACUUUGGUUGGACUGUAUUGUCAGCGUUUGUGGGUAGUGAGAUGUAAUGGGCUUCAACUGCUAAGUAUUGUAGUUGUCAACGGUGAUUCAUACCAUUCAUACCCAAGUUAUGAACCCAACUUGUAUUCCAUAUGUGAGGUGAGGCUCACACCUCCACACUUAAAAUGAGAAUGUCCUGGCCAGCUGGCCUGGUUUCCCUAGCCAUUGAAUUUUUUACUGUGGUUCUAUAGCCGAUGGUACACUUGAGUCACGCCUAUUCUUGAGGACCAUCUUGUCAUGUGCUCUGUUGGCAUUACUCUGGACAAGUGCACAUUGGUGAGCACAACAUGACACAGCCCGGAUCUUUCAUGCUUGUUUUUGAUGUUUGACAUUCCUUUUCAAGGCCAUGACCAAUCUUUUGCAAUUGGGGUCUUUUGGCACCAUGGUAGGGCUCCCCUUCCCACUAGCCAUGUUGGGCAUGUUCAAAACCCGUCAUUUUCCUUACCAAUAAAGUAAAAUGACACAAAAUCCUACUCCUUGAAUCGAAUCUCCAGUCCUACCCAAAAAUGAAGAAAGAGUUGGGACUUUAAACGCGUUUGAAAUAUCAAAUAUUAAUUC